AUGGCGUACUUUCUGCCUUCGUUCUUCCAGAAACGCCUACUGAAAUAUGCCCUGUCACGCCUGGGCAUCGUGGACACAGAGGCGCUGGACCUUGAUAAUCUGGGAAUUCGUUGGGGCCAGCGGAGUACAGUGGAACUGAGAGAUAUCGGGCUCAAGUUAGAGAAACUAGCGACCCUUCUCAACAUCCCGCCGACAUGUAAACUCCUCAGCGCCCGCGUCCAGCUCCUUCGGAUCACCGUUCCGGCCGACAUUUACAGCAGUGGUAUCAUCUGCGAAGCCUCCGGUAUCAUCGUACAUAUUCAGUUAUUGUCGGAUGAGCCAACCAAGGGCAGGCAUGGGAGCACGAUAUCUCAUUCUCCGUCGGUACACGGCUCAGAUGAAGGGCAAAUUUUACCGACCGCCACAAACCUGGCCGAAUCCUUCCUCGAGGCCGAGCCAACGGAGGAAAAGGAGGAGCUGCAGGCCGCAAUAUCGUCGCAGUCUCAUAUAUUGCAAAAGAGCUCUUCUUUUACGGACGAGGAAGAUGAAGAGCUUGGUCUCGGAAACGAGACAUUAUCCCUCCCGAGCUUCGUUGCGGGAUUCCUCAAAGGUGUGGCGGAUCGGUUACAGCUGAAGAUAAAGGAUGUCGCUGUGCGGCUUGAUAUGGAGUUGAAGCAGGAUGGUCCUUCGAAACGACAUCCCGAGGAUAAGCCGGAUCUGGUUGCAGGAUUAUUGACUGUGGGCGAGAUCGAUGUUCAUGGCGCGUCAGAAUUUACCGCGGGCGCCGACGACCCUGUGCCGGUGCGUGAAGGCAAGCGGUUGAUUUCCCUCGUUGAUAUUAACCUUGGGCUUGUGUCCGAUCCUGCGGUGUUCUCGAACUAUGCCCGGUUCACGGUGCCUGCAUCUCCAACCACUACGAUGCAGUCCAAAGAGAGUCAAUCUUCAAGUCGAGCUUUCUCGCCUCCGCCGCUAGAAUCGCCCGAUUUAGACCCUGGGCUGGCCAUGACCAGAUCAACGAUCUUUGAGCCAUCUCUUGGACUUGGCUUUGGAAGCACCAUGGAUCCAGGGCUAGAUGCAUCGACAUCUUCCCAUGAGACAUUAUCGCAUGAUGGCCGAUUCUCCGAUGCAGACUCGGAGGCAGUGCAUAGACAGGACAGAUACCCCGACGACUCUCAAAUCCUAGAUGAUGACGACCCUUUCCAUGAUAAUCCUGGAUAUUUGGAUUCGGUCAUUGAUACCCAGUUUGAUGAUUUUGAUGAUGUGCCGCCCGCGUUAUUCCACGGCCGAAGACGGCAAAUGGCAGAGAGCGGUGAUAGUUCUUAUCAUCUCGGUCUUGCAUUGCGUUCUAACCCUGGACUUGCAGAGUCGGCUAAUCUAGGGUAUUCUGAAACGGCCUCGCAGACAGAAAGUUUCAAUGGUCCACAGGGUUAUAACUCACACCAGGAGAGCCAAUUCGGAUUUGAAUCUAAUAUUACGCCGCAAUUCUCGGAGCAGGAUCAAGGAGGAGAGGCGCUUUCUACCUCUCGACAAAGCUUCCCACGCUCUCCCCAUCCAGAGCCUGCUCCACCAUCCGAUGCUGGCAGCGCAUCAUCUGCUGGAAGCCUUCCUGGCGCUCAUCUGACAGAGUCCAAGUACUUUUCUCAUGAUGAGGCCCAAAGUUUGUAUAUGAGUGCUAUGAGCCAGGGCACUGGUGAGAGCUUCGUUCCCAAUAUGCCGGGUGCAUGGGACUCAUUUCAUCCUGGUGAAAAAACAGGAAGCCCUACGGAAGACCGCAAAACGGGGACUGUAGCCAGUCACGACUCGCAGAUCAGCAAUGACGGGCAGGAUGAGCUUGCGGCAUCUACUCCAAAGUUGAAUGCUCCAUCGGAUUCGUACUCUGGCGAGCAACGAGAAGAAAGUCAGACUCGGCCCCAGUCUGCUGUCACCGAUAGGGCGUCUACGCCCUCCUCUCCCGCACUGCACAAGCCGAACGAGAUACGGAAGCCUUUUUUCAACGUCAACAAGAUCCUGAUUUGGUUGCCAUCGUCUUCUGAUGAGACAGAAGCAGACGUUGCUUCGCCUAGAAUUCCGGUUGACCGUACAGAGAGUGAUCCGAAGGAUCUCUUAUCUGGGAUACGCGAUUCUACCGUCGAUGAAAGCAUGUUUGUCUCGAAGUCCAACGCAUCUACCUGUGUAUCCAAAAGCUCUACCGGAUCCCGACUUUCGAGUGCAGGAAACCAUGCAGACCACCAACAAGGGCCAGUCGAGAACCAGGGACUGGCAGUUGAAAUAUUUGCGGUGUCUGUUCACUUUGACAUAGCUAUUGGUUGGCUUCUGGUCAAGGCAGGCCAGAGACUGUCCCAAAUGUUCAACGGUGAUGAAAAGGUCCAAACUCGAAAAGAGAACUUGCCAGUUCAACCAGUUCAACCAACAGCCGUGAAGCUUGAGGUACACAACAUUUCUCUCAAGUUCAUAGAGCAUGUAGCGGGUCAUGCAUACCCUCCAGAAGUCACGGGUACGCCACCACCUCCGCCAUUCACAUCCCUAGAGGACAUUGUUCUCCAGAUUACUGCUUCUGGCCUAGCAGUGCAUCUGUCCUCAAAUGAAAAGCGCAUGAAUCUCCACCUCGAUGUCUCGAAAUUCGCCUUUGGAAUUGCCUCUGGUGAUCUCAUUUCAUUUAACGAGUCUUUGAAAAUGCGUGAAUCUACACGGGACAUUACGACGCCCUCUCAGGGUGAUGUCUCUCUUUCUCUAACGAAAUCGGCGGACUCUGCCAAAGUUGAUGUCUCCACUCUCCCUCUUCAUAUCAAUCUCAAUAUCCAGCACCUAGAGGAGGUUCUCGGAUGGAUGGGCGGCUUAAGUACUAUCCUAGAACUUGGAAGUUCUAUGUCCUCGACAUCGACAAUGAAAGGAGCCCAUAAACCUCUAAAAAGGCGUCAACGAGGGGUCCACUUCGAGACUCCGGCUCCAUCCGUCCGCAAAGAUUCACAGGCCUCCGUUCCUUGGAAAGUGAAUGCUCGGCUGGGGGGUGUCGUGCUUGAUGUCAUUGGCGAAACGCAUUAUCUCAACCUCAGUACGACCGCGGUCAAAAUUGUUAGUCGGUUCGAGGGCAUUGGGCUCCAGAUUGACAAGGCACGACUCAGUGGACCGCACCCACUGGAUGACCUUUCUGAUGCACCUGCAAAGGUCACUCUCGUUAACAUCAGGGUUGAGUUCUUGUUCUCGCCCAAGGAAGUGGACCUCGAUCGGCUUUUGACCCUAAUCACGCCGUCCAAGGAUAAAUAUGAUGAUGACGAUGAUAUCAUGCUAGAGACUUUGCUUCGGCAGCGGAGGCAAGGAUCCGUUCUCCGUGUUACGGUAGCAGGAAUGAAGACCGUCAUUUCCAGCACCGGUGGCUUGGCUCCUCUCGCCUCCCUUGGAUCUGAGCUCGGUCGCCUGUCUAACGUGACCAAGUAUCUGCCAGAGGACGAUCGUCCUGGCAUUCUCACCUUGACACUUGUUCGAGAAUUCGAAACUCAGGUCCAUGUUGGAGGAGAUGUCGGCGAUAUCAAUGCGCACCUCACGAAUGUGGAGGUUGGCUGGAUCAGCAUGCCGUCUCUUACUGCUACGCAGGUUGGGACGCUGGUCAUCACCCGGAACAAGAAGGAAGAGCUAGUCGGCGAAGCGUUGCUAUCCAGCAAAGAGAAAACCCCGAUUGCGCCCCGUCCGCCUGUCCUCAUGGCACGUUUUAUUCCAGAUGAGAUGGAUCCCACGUUCAAGAUCAAACUACACCAUCUCCGUGUCGAGUAUACCAUUCCUUCCAUCAUGGCAUUCUUGGGUCUCAGUCAGGAUACAACGGGGGGCGAGUUGGCAGGUGAAAUGGCGAACUCCAUUGCUAAUCUCGCGGAGCACUCUGAUCGACUAGCUGGGGCAUCGGCCUUUUCUCCGUCUAGGUCCGAGGCGUCAGGUGCAUCCAGCAAGCCUACAAAGUUGGCUGUUGUGUUUCAAGACUGCGUGCUUGGUUUGAACCCGCGCAAUUCUCCUGCCAAGGGACUGGUGGUACUUACCAACUCCAAAUUCAGCGGCACUUUACAUGGCGAUGAAUCCUCAGAAGCUACCCUUGACAUUAGAAAGGCGUCCAUCAUGAUCAUCGACAACGAUGCGAAUACAGGAAGUGCUGAUAAUCUCCGCCAACGCACAUCAGCUGUCACGCAGAGCGAUCAGAUCCAAGAAUAUAUUGCGAAGGGAUACGUUCCCGUUUCUUCCAUUUCUACUGCUACGGUAGUGGUCAAAAUGAUGCGUCUUGCUGAGGAUGGCGCAAAGUCCCUGGACGUUGAGCUAAAGAAUCGCCUUCUGAUUUUGGAAACUUGUGCCGACUCAACUCAGACGCUCAUCAGCAUUCUGAACGGCCUUCAGCCUCCUACACCGCCCAGCGUCACUGUCAAGUACCGCACAGAGGUCACGCCAAUCCAGGACAUGCUUGCUUCUUUCUCGGGAAAUGCUUUCAAUGCUGACCCUUCCUUCCCUCUUGGCGAGAAGGUUGAUCCGGCACUUGAUCUUGGAGGCAUUCCAGAAGAGGAAGAACUCGACAAUGAUGAACUUGAAUAUGUCAGCGAUUUCUACCCCAAGCAGCACGAUGCAUCUAUCGGUGAUGUGAACGUUGAGCCGACGGGUAUGGGUGAGAACAACGAACUCAUCGACAGUUUCCAUUCUCAGUACCACGUCUCGUCAAGUCUCACAGAGCUCGACUUCCAGGAGGACCAUUUUGCGAAGCAGUCUGCCGUCGGAGGUACUGCCCAUCGCUGGGACUCCACGCAGAACACCUACGGCCUCUCGAAUGACACCAAGCUUCAGAAAAGCCCUCUUCGUGUAAGGGUGCGAGAUGUACAUGUGAUCUGGAAUUUGUUCGAUGGUUAUGAUUGGCAGCGAACCCGAGACACCAUCUCCAAGGCGGUUGAAGACGUUGAAACCAAGGCCACUGAACGACGAGCCCGGACCUCCCGCAUGUCUCCUUCGGCCGAAGAUGAAGAAGAAUCGGUGAUUGGAGAUUUCCUCUUUAAUUCCAUCUAUAUCGGCAUUCCUGCGAACAAAGACCCUCGGGACCUACAUCGAGAAAUUAAUCGCGACAUCAACGAUCUCACAAGCGAGACUGGUAGCUAUGCCACAUCCACUACCGUCACCGGUGCAACCGCACGGCAGGGACGAGCUACGUCGGGAAGAGACAAGAAGAGACUUCGCUUGCAUCGUAGCAAACAUCACAAGAUGACUUUCGAACUGUCUGGCAUUUGCGCGGACCUUGUUGUAUUCCCGCCGGGCUCGGAAGAGACACAGAGCUCUCUGGAUGUACGAGUGAAGGAUUUGGAGAUCUUUGACCACGUGCCUACCUCGACGUGGAAGAAGUUUGCUACAUACCUACAUGAAGCGGGAGAGCGCGAGAGUGGGACAAGCAUGGUGCAUCUGGAGAUCUUGACUGUGAAGCCCAUCCCGGAACUUGCAGCGUCCGAGAUUGUUCUCAAGGCUACUGUACUACCGCUCCGACUACACGUUGAUCAAGAUGCUCUUGAUUUCAUGAGUCGCUUCUUCGAAUUCCGAGACGAAUCGAUGGAGGCUUCGAAUACUCCCGGAGAUGCCCCAUUCCUACAGCGUGUUGAAGUCAAUGCUAUCCAAGUCAAAUUAGACUUCAAACCGAAACGAGUGGACUACGCCGGCCUUCGAUCUGGCCGUACAACCGAAUUUAUGAACUUUUUCGUCCUGGACGGCUCUGACAUGGUGCUACGGCAUGUCAUCAUCUAUGGAGUAUCUGGAUUCGACCGUCUCGGGAACACCCUCAACGACAUCUGGAUGCCGGACGUCAAGGCCAAUCAGCUUCCUGGAGUCCUUGCCGGUCUUGCGCCCAUUCGAUCCUUGGUCAACGUGGGUGGUGGUGUGCGACAGUUGUUUGUCGUCCCAAUGCGCGAGUAUAAGAAAGACGGCCGAAUCGUGCGCAGCAUCCAAAAGGGUGCAGCUGCAUUUGCCAAAACGACAUCCAACGAGCUCAUCAAGCUAGGAGCGAAAUUGGCCAUCGGCACGCAAACCGUCUUGCAAGGCGCAGAGGACCUACUAACUUCUCCGAACGCCCCAUUGGCUGUUUCCGACGAAGACCGCGGCGACGAGGAGGAAGCCAAGAAAAUUUCUCUCUAUGCUGACCAGCCGAUCGGUGUCGUACAGGGUUUGCGGGGUGGCUUCAGCGGUCUCGAACGCGAUCUGCUACUGGCGCGUGAUGCGAUCGUCGCGGUCCCUGGCGAGGUUGUGGAGAGCGGUAGCGCCAAAGAUGCGGCCAAGGCAGUGUUGAGGCGAGCCCCGACAGUCAUACUCCGACCUGCCAUUGGCGUUUCUAAAGCUGUUGGACAGACGCUCCUAGGUGCUGGAAAUACUUUGGAUCCGAGCAACCGGCGCAAGAUGGAAGAUAAAUAUAAACGUCACUAG